GAAAUCAGCAGGAAAAACAACACGUGGGGGAAUCACCGAUGUUUCGCUAGAAAAUUGUCGAAAAAAUCAUUUAAAAUAUUGUUCGAGGGCAGCGAAGGGUGGUGAGUAGUUUAUAUCGAUGCAGAGCUCGUCCGAGAAGUCAAAAUUUGGCUCCGAUCGCUCGCCGAUGUCGGAAAAACAUGAUCAAAGUCCUCGUAGGUCAGGCAACAGCAACGAGAGAGAAACUGAACGAAGAGGAUGGCAGACUACAUUUGACGUUUAUGUGGGCAGAAUCCCGUCAGAUUGGACGAAGGAGAAACUAAUGGAAAUUUUUCAACCCUUCGGUGAAAUUAAAUCAGUAGAUUUAAGGAAUAGCCCAGAGAAUUUAAACAGACUACAGUUUGCUUUUGUAAGAUAUCCACAAGAGGAGAUGGCAAAAUGUGCAGUUGAUGCCUUGGCUCAUAAUCCUGUUGAAAAUGUUAGCUUGCAGAUAAAUAUUGCUCAAAGAAACAGAUACAAACAAGAAAGGCAAGGCAGGUCAGACUUUGGUCAGCCUCGAGGCAAAAUGUAUUCUGAACACAAGCGAGUGAAUGAUUCAGAUUGCAGACGACCUCGGACAAGGCCGUUUGGUAGUGGUGAAACUUCAGAUUAUGGAGGUGGUUAUGGAAACUCAUCACAUCCUCAAAAGAAGGAAUGGAGUUCUGACCGACAGAGAAGUCGUGAGGAACAGGAAAAAGUGAUUUUAGUCACAGAAGUCGAUUCACCAGUCAGAUUUUGGGGUCAGAUUGCCAAGCCAACCGUUGCACAUAAUUUGUCAACUGCAAGUGAUGAACUACAGUUUUAUUGCCCCACAGGCCUGAAGGUUGCUGACAUCAACUCCCUUCAGAAGAAUAAGAUUUAUGGUGGAAUGUACCCUGUUGAUAAUCUUUGGUAUAGAUGUUCGGUUAUCAAGUUUCUUUCACAGGGGAUGGUAACUGUGAGGUACAUUGAUUUUGGCAACACAGAAACAAUUAAAAAGGAAACCUUAGUUGAGUUGCCACCCUCAUUGGCUGACGUCCGACCAUUUGCACAACUUUAUCAUCUCGCAGACUGUGCUGUGUCCAGUGAUCCCGAGGCAAACGAGAUGACAUACGCAUUGGGAAUUGAGCAAUUGAAAAAUCUUAUCAUUGGGCAACUUGUGAGUGUCAAAUUUAUUUCGGAAAACACGCAUGGAGGGGUGAAUGUUCUGGUCUCUUAUCCGGGGAAGGCGGGAAAAAGUAUUAAUGAAAUCAUGAGGGAUCGGGGGUGCGUUCAGGACAUGUAUAAGGUUUUGGCUGAGUGUGAUGUCACGAUGGAUGCACCAAUGAAUUUUUGCGAUGCAAUUCGUAUUUGCCAGCUUCCUAAGGUGUUUGGUGUUGUCGGAGAUCUCCGGAAUGAUUUGUGCUGA